GAGUUGACAUAAGUCAGGCAGGAAGCUCAAGGGCGUUUUCUAUGCCUUAAGUAGAAAAUACCCUUAAACAAAGCCAAACUAUUUUUACUUUCCUUCUGUUAUAUUUGAAUCAUUGAAUAUGAUUCUUUGAGAAAUUUAUAUACUCCCUGAAUAUAUAAUCAAAAGUUUAGUUGUUGUGCUUUGAAAGAGUUUUUUUUUCACGCAUACACCAUGGUGAAAGUAGUUUUCAAACCGACCAUUUCCAAAUCGGACCCAAGGAAGAACCCAGUCUUGAUUAUUGGCCAACUGAAGCACCUCAAACUGCUCAAAUUUGACGAUAUAAAGUAUAAACUGGAGCCUCGCGUAUCCGAAGAGGUGUACAAAACGGCGUUAUCCGGAUUGCAUUCGUCCCUAUCCGAUAGCGUGUCUUUGUACUUGAAUUACGCCUCGAUAGCUUCUCUACCAUCGAAAUGCAGCCGUCACAAUACGACAGCGAGAUCGCAUGCGGUGACCCGCAUGGUGCAGAGUUUGGCCUCUGGGACAGACCUGGGCUUGGACGAGUAUGUUGUUAUUGUAUGCGAAGGUCGUGAUUUUUAUGCAAGUGCUGUGGCUGUAGCUCGGGCAUACCCUUCUUACAAUAAGAAAUCCAACACAGCGAAAAACAUAACUGUCUACGUAGAGUUUAUGAUUGUUUCCGAAAAGGCUGGUGCCGCGGAGGGAUACUUAGAUGAACCCACCAUACAAUUAUUGUCGGACACGUGUUACGCGUUGAAAAUGUGCCAGAGAAUAGUGGACACGCCGUGUUGUUACAUGAACAUAGACCAUUUCAUAUCAGAGGCCCAAACAGUGGCGUACUCUUUAAAAACGGGUAUCGAAGUGAUCAGAGGCGAAGAAUUGAAUCAGAGAGGGUUCGGCGGGAUAUACGGUGUGGGCAAAGGGGCUUCCUGUCCUCCAGCCCUCGUUAUCCUCAAAAACACGCCCGCCACUGCCACCAAAACGAUUGCGUGGGUCGGGAAGGGUAUUGUGUACGACACUGGCGGUCUCAGUUUGAAAGGAAGGUUUGACAUGCUUGGAAUGAAGAGAGACUGCGGUGGAGCCGCGGCCAUAUUGGGUGCCUUCUAUAUUGCAGUGAAGUCCGAAUUCAGCGAGAAUUUGUAUGCGGUGUUCUGCCUCGCGGAGAACGCAAUUGGACCGGAAGCAGUCAAGCCCGAUGAUAUUAUCACUUUAUAUUCGGGCAAGACAGUGGAGAUCAAUAAUACGGACGCCGAAGGUAGACUAGUACUCGCCGAUGGAGUUGCAUACGCUAACAAAGACUUGAAGGCUGACAUAAUUGUAGACGUUGCUACAUUGACUGGGGCGCAGGGUAUCGCCACCGGUAAAUAUCACGCGUCCAUCCUGACGAACGACGAGGUUUGGGAGAACAAUGUGAGGCAAGCAGGACAGGCUUGUGGAGAUUUGGUCCAUCCGGUACCGUUCACUCCGGAACUUCACUUUGCGGAAUUCAAUUCCACUAUGGCUGAUAUGAAAAAUUCCGUCAAGGAUAGGUGCAACGCUCAGGUGAGCUGCGCCGGUCUCUUCAUAUUAUCGCAUCUUGGCUUUGAGUACCCAGGGAAGUGGAUUCACAUUGAUAUGGCUUAUACCGUAGCCAGCCUGGAGAAAGCGACAGGUUUUGGUGUUACUCUCUUACCAACUUUAUUCGGAAAAUAUACCAACCAACGUGUUCUGAAAAAUAUUAGUCCUGACAUGGAGGUAGAACAAACAAAUGGAGCAAAAAGACAUAAAAUUGAUUGAUAUUAAUUGAACUUAGUAAUAAAUUUAUCAAUUGAUCACAAUUACCAAUUUGUAAUUCGAUUUUCUUUUAUUAAACUUCGAACUUGUUUUUUUUUUUAAUUAUAUGUCAACCAUGAUUAAAAUUUUUCAAAUUCAAUAAAAAUUAAAUCCUA